CUUACUGUGUGAUAAUAACUUCUCCGUGCAUAAAUAAAUAAUAAAUGUCAAUGCCUCGAAUAAUUUUAUUACUUUAAUUACACUUAAAUGAGAGAACGAGAUAUAUUUGGUUAACAAACAGUUAACAAAAAGGUUGCUAAAUUGUAAGUCCGUCUUAAAUCCUAUUAAAAUGUAAUAAAAGUUACAAAUAUGAAGAUUUUGAGAAGUAUAAAAUAAAAAGUUAGUCAGUUUUUUGGAAAAUGCAACUGUUAUUUUAAGAUAACAGUUUAUACAUAUCCAAAGAUUUAGAAAAAUGGAUGAUAAAACAACUGUUAUGGAUGUUCCUCCCAAAACUACAAAUUCAGUUAAAUACAAUGGAAAUAAAGGUCCAAAAUUUGGGGCCAGACAUGUACAAAUAGGCCUUGUUGCUUUAGGAAAUGGGGUUUUGUUCUCAACCAAAUACGCUUUUUCUAUAGUUAUUGUCGCUAUGACAGACACGAGUUCAUCACCUAAUGACAGGAUACCAACUUACGAUUGGGAUAACAAAAAUGUCAUCAUCUCUUCAAUCCUUUGGAGCGGCAUGGUGUUCCAGACAGUCGCCGGCCAUUUUGGAACACGAUACGGUCCAAAGUGGUUCAUAUUUUCCUCCUCCCUUCUAAAUGGUAUAUCGUUCCUUCUUAUACCAUCUGCAGCUCAAUAUUUCGGAUCUUACGGGGUCUUGGCCUGUAGAAUGAUCCAAGGAGCUUGUAUGGGAACAUACAGGCCCAUUCAUAUCAGCGUUAUGGGAUUGUGGGCCCCUCCAGAAGAACGGUCUAGAAUGAGUUGUAUUGACACAUUAGGUGUUAGCUUGAGUUUAGUUGUUUCUUCAACGGUAGCUGGUAUGGUAUCACAAUCAGCAUUGGGUUGGCCAUGGGCUGUGUAUUUGUUCGGAAUAGUCAAUUGCGUAUGGUGUCUGGCAUAUUUCUUCUUCGGUCAACAGAGUCCAUCGUCUCAUCCGAAAAUAUCAGCUGAAGAAAAAAAAUAUCUUCAAGUUACAUUGAAGCAAAGUGAUAACGACGAAAAAAGUGUUACACCAUGGCUAAAGAUCUUUACUAGUACGAGUGUCUGGGCUAUUUUAGUCGGCCUGGUUGGAACUAACUUUAUUUUGACAAUGGUACUCUCGGAAAAUCCGAUAUAUCUGGAUAAAAUAAUGAAAUUUGAUUUGGAUAUGAGUGGUCUAGUUAUGGGAGGAUCAAUUCUUAUUGGUUCAUUAAGUGGUGUCUUCAUAGCUUUUCUCUCAGACUAUGUAGUUAAAAACGAAGUUUUGAGAAUAGUCAAUAGCCGAAGAUUGUUUCAUUUACUAGGUCAAGUAGGCUGUUCGGUAACUGUAAUUCUGGCAACUUAUAUUCCUGUUGAGAAGUCGCUGUUAAUGAUUGUGAUCAUUUGUGUCGAAUGUAUCUUUAUAAUAGUGUCUUCCGUUGGCGGAUGCGACCUCAGUGCUUUUGAUUUGUCUCCUAACUUUGCGGGGGUUAUAUUUGGAGUAGCUGGCACUUUAGCAGAAGGAACUGGACUCUUUGCACCACUUUUGGUCCAUUGGAUUGCACGAGACGAAGAAAAUAUUGUGAGUUGGAGAAUUGUCUACUGUAUAACUGGAGCUAUAUCGGUGUCAUCGGCUGUCUUCUACUGUAUUUUUGCAAGUGAUAAACGAAAAAAUUGGUAGAAGUUAGAAGAAAACGUGUUUAUAGAUUAAAGGUCCCCACGGACUGUCAGAUUUUCCGCACAAGGCAGCAAAGUAAAGAAUACAUAAUAAAAUGGUCAUAAAUCAAAAAUUCACAGUCAAAUCACAAGAAUAAAAAAUCUUUAUUGGGCGAGUAAACAGAAUGCAAGACAGAAAUCUCGGGAAGCAAUUCCCAACGUUCAAAUCAUGUGCUAUUGGAAAUUGGAAAACUAUUGUAGAAUGUAGAAUAAGAGAUAUAGACCUUAAAAAGCUAUUGUGUCCCCCUUUCCUGAGUUAUAGCUCAUCGUACAGUCUAAAAGUCAUCAUACAUGGAGAUCUUCCUGUUGUAGGGGGACAGGGUAUUAUUUUGUUUUAUUUAUUAUUCAGCAAUGAUAAGUCUCGCAUCUCCUAGAGGAGACUCGCAAUAGUACAGGUUAAACUGAGAAAACUGGUUUGCCUGUGUUGAAGAACUGAGCAUCUGUGGUAAACUAAACGUUUGUGGGGACUCUUGAGAUUAUAUUUUUCUAAAAUAAAUGAAUAUAAAUUA